AUGGCUGUCCCAGCACGGGGUGCGCAUGCUGGCCCCCCGGCAGAAGAUCUUCGCCGCCGUCAAAUGCGCGCUCGUGCCAGGCACGAAGGUGUGCCGCUUCGGCGAGAAGCUGAUAAAGCACUACGAAGCGGAAGAAGAAGNNAGAGCGACCACAAGAAGGAGGCUGCCGCAUUGGUGGGCCGCAGAGAGGAAGACGACGAGGACGAAGAUGAGAACGAAGACGAAGACAGUGAUGAUGAAGCCCCAGAGGCAACACAGGAGCGCGAGAACCAUCUUCCAGAACAGGCGGACAUUAUCCAGCUUGCAGCUUUCCGUGAACCCUGUGGAGCGAAUUUCACCUCGAGCUCGAGGAGCCUCCUUGAUGGAUCUGCUCCGCAAGCUUGCACAAAGCAAGUUGAUUGCCAAGAAAUUUUUGCAUGGAUAUUCAUGAUUAAGAUGUUUCAAUGCUUUACGCCUGAACUGGCGGUCAUGCACAUGCCGUGA